AUGAAACGCUUCCAAACCAGCUCGCUUCUGCUCUGCGUGGUGGCCGCCACUGCCAUCCCCAUCGUGCCCUGGAAGGUCAAAUGCCCACCGCAGUGCGUCUGCCAGAUCAGGCCGUGGUACACUCCCCGCUCGGUGUACCGGGAGGCUGCCACAGUGGACUGCAAUGACUUGUUCAUCUCCGCUGUGCCUGAAGACCUGCCAGAGGGGACCCAGACCCUGCUCUUGCAAAGCAACAAUAUCGCCAGGCUUGAGCAGAGCGAGCUGGACUAUCUCAGAAACCUCUCGGAGCUGGACCUGUCGCAGAACAGCUUCUCCGAUGUCUGGGACUUUGGCCUGAAGAGCAUGCCCCAGCUGCUCAGCUUGCACCUGGAGGAGAACCAGCUUUCUGAGCUGCCCGAUGGCAGCUUCCCCGGGCUGGGCAACCUGCAGGAGCUCUACCUGAACCACAACCAGCUCCGCAGGAUCGCUCCCUGCGCCUUCUCCGGCCUCGGCAGCCUGCUGCGCCUCCACCUCAACUCCAACCUGCUGAGGACAGUCGACAGCCGCUGGUUCCAGAUGCUCCCCAGCCUGGAGAUCCUCAUGAUCGGGGGCAACAGGGUGGAUGCAAUCUUGGAUAUGAAUUUCAGGCCCCUGUCGAACCUGCGGAGUUUGGUUUUGGCUGGGAUGAACCUGAGGGAGAUCUCGGACUAUGCGCUGGAAGGGCUGCGGAGCCUGGAGAGCCUCUCUUUCUAUGACAACAAGCUCGUGAAUGUCCCCAAGCGGGCGCUGCAGCAAGUUCCUGGCCUCAAGUUCCUGGAUCUGAACAAAAACCCAUUGCAGAGGGUCAAGCAAAGCGACUUCACGAACAUGCUGCACCUCAAAGAGCUGGGGCUCAACAACAUGGAGGAGCUGGUGUCCAUAGACCAGUUUGCCUUGAUCAACCUCCCCGAGCUGACCAAGCUAGACGUGACCAACAACCCCAAGCUGUCCUUUAUCCACCCCAACGCGUUCCACCACCUUCCCCAACUGGAAACCCUCAUGCUCAACAACAACGCCCUAAGUGCCUUGCAUAAGCAGACGGUCGAGUCCCUGCCCAACCUGCAGGAGAUCAGCAUCCACAGCAACCCCAUCCGCUGCGACUGCGUCAUCCGCUGGGUCAACAGCACGGAAAACCACAUCCGCUUCAUUGAACCCCAGUCCACGCUGUGCGCCGAGCCCCCUGACCUCAAGAGGAGGCACAUUCGGGAUGUCCCCUUCCGGGAGAUGACAGACCGGUGCCUGCCUCUUAUCUCCACCAAGAGCUUCCCCUCCCACUUAGAGGUGGCGGAUGGUGACAAUGUCUCCUUGCAUUGCCGAGCUCUGGCGGAGCCGGACCCGGAGAUCUACUGGGUCACCCCUUCUGGGGUGAAGCUGAUCCCCUACGCAGAAGAUGGGUGGUACAAGGUGCACCCCGAAGGGACGCUGGAAAUUCAUGGGAUCUCGGCUCGGGAGGCCGGGCUGUACACCUGCGUGGCUCACAACCUCCUCGGGGCAGACACCAAGAGUGUCAGUGUGACGGUCAACCACUCCUUCCCGCUCAGCGAGGACAGCCUGGAGCUGGUGGUGGCGGAUGUCCAGGCCUACCACAUCCUGGUUGCCUGGAAGCCGCAUCUCAACACCGUCUCCUCCAACCUCACCUGGUCCAGCUUCUUGCUUAGCUCCAACUUGGACAUGACCAACGUGGCCCGGAUCCCCAUGGGGACCCACACGUACAACAUCACCCGGCUCCACCAGGACACGGAGUACUGGGCUUGCCUCCACGUGGCCUUUGUAGACUUGCAGGCCAAGGUGGCUUGUGUGAACGCCAGGACUAAAGAGGCUGCCCACCGCUACUGGCUCCUGGAGGGCAGGCAGAGCCUCCUGAUGGUGCUGGUCCUCUGUCUCCUGCUCCUUGCUGCCAGCCUUGUAGCUCGCUACGGCGUCGGGGCAGAGCCCAGGAGGGUCAGGGAGCUGCUCCGGGGUGCCACGGCCAUGCGCGUGGUCUAUCCCCCCCUCACCCAGCCCUGGGCUCAGGGGCAGCGUGGGGGGCAGCUCCUGGCCGUGGAGGUGCAAGCAGCCCCCCUGGACUGCUGA